GAAACGAGAGCGUCGCAGCUGCCCAAUCAGAAAGGUAAGCCCGAGUUGGCAGCUACGGCAGGAGAAACCCUGGUACUAAGUACAUUCCCGGCAAGUGCCAGGUUGUCAUGUCACUGGAUUGCCCAUGAGGCUGUUCCGGACGUUCAGUUUCGCCGGUCCGAAGACAAUCUCUCAUAUCCACGAAAGACCGUUCUCAGGUCUCUCUGUGUAUCUGACGUGGACGCAACACAACUUGAUCUUGGGAAUGAGGCGGCUCGCAAUCUGGUAGGUACUGCUGUGGCAGUGUACCCUCCCUCUCCAUCAUACUAUGGAGGUUUGUGUAGACCGGGCCCGAGACGGAGAAGUUGACAUGGUUUACGCGAAUACUUCUACAUUCGGUCAAGCGGGUAGGCGCCCAAUCUGGAAUCAUGGAUAUACACAUAUAAGAUGAAGGUAUCCGUACUUCGAGAGGGUCCAUUGUUCAAGCAGCACUCCACAUCUCGUCCAGAUAACAAACGUCACACAUCUCCUGAAAACCUCUUUGCACAAAACUUAACUUCCCUUCCCCGUCUCAACAUGGGCAUCCUCUCCCACUCAGGUGGAAAUUCAACAUGUCCAGCCGAGCCCGCCAAUGCCAAUGCGAAAGGAGUGCCUGUCGCAGGUUCCUUGACAUUCCAGCAUCUCAUGCAAAUCAUCGGCUGGGUCUGCUUUGGCGUCACGGCACUACUCUCCCUGGGACUCAUGAUUCCUCAUUUCCUGCACUACAGAGUUCCCAACGAACAACGACAAAUCAUCCGCAUCAUCUUACUACCAGUCGUCUACUCUCUUGUCUACGCGGUCUCACUCCAGACCUAUAGCGGCGCGCAAUACCUCGAGCCCAUCGCGGCGCUCUAUGAAGCGGUGGCUUUGGCAUCCCUGUUCUUGCUCUACGUCGACUUCGUCGCUCCUGGCGCCGGCACCAGAGACGAAUUCUUCAGUAAACUCGAAAACACGAAGAAAAAGGGACGACUUGUUCCUGGGGGGAGCCUGAAAUGGUUUCGUCGCACCUGGAGAAUCGUCUUCUUCUACCUAGUCGCAUAUACAAUCCUCAUCGUCGCGCAAGAAAUCACCCAAGCAGUUGGAGUCUACUGCGCGACCUCGAUGAAGCCAAGAUUCGCUCAUGUCUGGCUACAAGUCUUCGAACUCGGGUCUACAAUAAUCGCCAUCAUCAACGUGAUCCGCUUCCAGCGUCGCCUCAAACACCACAUGGUUGGACGCAAGGCUCUUCCCAAGCUCCUCAGCUUCAAACUUUUCGUCGCCGUAACCACGAUUCAGCACUUUGUUUUCAGCAUCCUCUCCUCGCAUGUCUCAGGCAACUCAAAAGUAACAUACCACGACAUCACCAUCGGUAUACAGGCUCUACUUGUCUGCAUAGAAUCCCUGAUCAACGUGGUCUCUUUCUACUUUGUCUUCCGUGCUAGCGAGUAUAAACACAGUCAGAAGGAGGAUGGUGCUUCUCUCACCGUUUACGGUCCAGCAGGAGCAUUGCUCAACUCGCUUAACCCGACGGACCUGCUCCGUGGCAUCAUCUUGGCGUUUGGAGGGUUUGCUAAGGUCUAGGACUAUGUGAUGAGCUCGGUGUUGAGGUGUUUGAUCGUUUUGGAAUAUUGAUUUUCUGGGGACGGGAUUGAGGAGUUCUGAAUGGGUACCGUUUGGCGGUUUUGGUCUACACGUAUAUAGAGGUUGAAUGGCAGUUAGCAUGGAGUUUAUGGAUGGC